AUGGUACUUUGGUCGAAAGAACAAGACAAACUGCCCGGCAUCAACAUGUCUUCCGGGGCGGUUGAGAUUAAGAAAGAGGGAGGACCCCUUUCACCUGCCUUUUUCAACUCCAACUCCUCUGUCCACCCAGUAAUUGUCACUCAAGGACCUGAGGAAGGGAGCCCAGAAAAAGGGAGUGAAUUUGAGCUGAAAGAGGUAACUUCCUUCAAAGAAAUUGCCAAUGAAACCCCAGACAAUGAAGAAAAGUUGGACAUUGUUGCGGUGAUGGACUGCCGGGCAAAUGCCAAAGGUCAGCGUGAGGAGGAUGCACUCUUGGAGAAUGCAAGCCAAAAUGAGAGCGAUGACACCAGCAAUGACCGGAGCCCUGAACCACCAGCACCCCUCAAAGAAACUUCCUUCUCAAUUGGUCUGCAGGUGGUUGUUCCCUUCCUGCUGGCCGGGUUUGGGACUGUGGCUGCAGGAAUGGUGCUCGACAUUGUCCAGCACUGGACUGUAUUCGACAAGGUCUCAGAAGUGUUUAUCCUUGUUCCGGCACUACUGGGGCUCAAAGGCAAUCUGGAGAUGACGUUGGCCUCAAGACUUUCCACAGCGGCUAAUAUUGGUCUGAUGGACACAACCAAGGACAUGUGGAACAUGAUCAUGGGGAAUUUGGCUCUCAUCCAGGUCCAGGCCACAGUUGUAGGGUUUCUAGCCUCAAUUGCUGCUGUGAUCUUUGGUUGGAUUCCAGAGGGCCACUUCAGGCUGGGCCACGCAGUGCUGCUUUGUGCCUCCAGUGUAGCUACUGCCUUUAUUGCCUCACUGCUUCUAGGACUCAUCAUGAUUGGUGUGAUCAUCGCAUCCAGGAAAGUUGGCAUCAACCCAGAUAAUGUGGCUACACCUAUUGCUGCCAGCCUGGGGGACCUAAUAACCCUGUCCCUACUGGCUGGCAUCUCAACAGGGCUGUACAAGGAACUAGAGUACAACGACUAUGCCAAUCCUUUGGUUUGUGCGGUGUUUGUGGCAUUAUGUCCAAUAUGGGUGCUAAUAGCCAGGAAGAUUCCCUCCACUCGAGUAGUCCUCUAUUCUGGAUGGGAGCCAGUCAUCAUCGCUAUGGCCAUCAGCAGUGUCGGUGGUCUUAUUCUUGACAAGACCGUUAGUGACCCUAAAUUUCGAGGCAUGGCUGUCUUCACUCCAGUCAUCAAUGGUGUGGGAGGUAACCUGGUUGCGGUUCAGGCAAGUCGUAUUUCCACCUACCUGCACAUGAAUGGUAUACCAAUGGGAGAUCCGAAUCCCACGCCCCGGAACAGGAAGUGCCCUACACCCUGCUCCACUUUCUUCACCUCCACUGUGAACUCCCGGUCGGCACGUGUGCUCUUCCUCCUGGUCGCCCCGGGUCACCUUGUCUUCCUCUUCACCAUCAACUCACUGAGGGGGGGACACACUACACUAACUCCCAUCUUCAUCACCUUCUACCUGGGUGCUGCACUGCUGCAGGUAAUCAUCCUGCUCUACCUGGCGGACUGGAUGGUCCACUGGAUGUGGGGCAGAGGGAUGGACCCAGACAACUUCUCUAUUCCCUACCUGACCGCUCUCGGUGACCUGCUGGGAACCGGCUUCCUUGCCCUUUGCUUCCACAUGCGCUUUUUCAUUGGUGACAGAGACUCCAAUUUGGGAAACUGA